AUGUUGUCGUUCCCGCAAGGCUCGAUGGCGCCUACCCAGCCUCGUGCUGUUAGUCACCCAUUCUCACACCCUUGUCCUGCGACCGCUUUAUAUUUGGCUCUGACAUUCAGUGUCGAGGAUAAGAGCCCAAUCGACUUUUUCUUUCAUUUCACGCAUUACCACAGGAAUAUGAUGACCAGCUCGUCCCUCGACCAGUAUCAGAUCGGCUGGAUAUGUUCCGACCAGAUCGUGGCUGCUGCUGCGCAACAAAUGCUAGAUGAGGAAUAUGGUCCACCAGAUGAGCAGGAAGAUUUAGACACAAACAACUACACGCUUGGUCGCGUAGGUCGGCACCUCGUUGUCAUUGUCUGCGUCGGUGGACAAGAGCACGGAACCACACCGGCGACCGCAACUACCAUACACAUGAUGCGAACGUUUCCAGCGCUACGUACCGCCCUGGUUAUCAGCAUCGGAGGGGCCAUUCCAUCACCGGAGAACGACAUACGCCUUGGUGAUAUUGUCGUUAGUUAUCCGACCGACGCACUUGGUGGGAUUUUGCAGUUCGACUUGGGCCGUAUCGGCGAUAAUGGAACGACUCAACAUAUCGUUUACCGGAAUCAAAAAGCUCUGCUUUCCGCGGUGGACCAAAUGAGGGCAGCUGCCUUGCGAAAUGACCCUCUGUAUCCCGUAUAUAUGACCGAAGCAAUCCAGCUCACGGCUCGUACGCAACGCAGAUUCAAGCACCCCGGUAGGGAACAUGACCAGUUGUUUAUGGUCCAGCGAGAGCAUAGUCCUGCUGGAGCCAACUGUGGCGAGUCCCUAUCUGAGGUUCAGCUUGAAAGGGCCCAACGCGAGGACACAGAACCCCAAACGUUUUACGGCACGAUUGCUUCGGGAAACGCACUCGUUGAGCAUGGCCCCGCGCGAGAGCGACUGGGGAAAGAUACAGGUGCCUUAUGUUUUGAAAGAGUCUCUGCCGGUGUGGUCCAGGAUCUUCCUUGUCUGGCUAUUUGUGGUAUCUCGAAUUAUGCGGAUUCGCACAAAAAUACACAAUGGGAAGGAUAUGCUGCAUUAGCAGCCGCUGCUUAUGCUAAAGAGUUGCUUGCAUACGUUCCUAGCAGACCGGUCCCAAGGCCAAGCAUGUUGGCGGCUAUCAGUGCGACGGUCUCGAGAGAAGAACAGUCCAGACAGAGUGUGAAUGCUGGCCCUAAAACUCAGGAUGAAAGGGUCAGGAUCACAAAAACACCAACAUUUGACUCUGAGAUUUGCAAUGAGACGGGACGAACGUCACAGCCGAAAGAGCGGCUACUUCAUACCCUUUUCGACUGGGUUGAGUAG